GCUAUUUAUUGCGAAGGCGACGGACCACCUCGAACCAGGAGGCAGGCGCGCGCGAGCGCGUGCUACAUACGGGUGGGUAUACUCGAUGCAAGACAUGCGGGAAAAGAAAAAGGAAGGAAAAAAUAAAACAACUGCGCGAGGGAGGCUGGGAGGGGUACUAUCUCAACAGACUUGCUUGUUCUUCGUCCAAACACGUACGUCAUGACGUUUGAACGUGAGUCGCGGGCUCACCGGUUCUCCUCAUUAGCCCAGCACACCAACACUAGAAGGCAGUUAGCGACUUUGGAACACCAAAUCACUUGAAAACAACAAGGAGCAAACGUCCUCCCUCCGACGUCUUGGAGCGACUCGUCGUGUGAGCGAUGAGCUGCCAUCUGGGUGGGCUGUUCAGCAUAGGCGAGGACUUUGACGACGAGGACUUGCUGGGGACUCACUGGGCUGCCGGACCGCAAACCACUGUGCCAUCCCACCCUGUGGACGCAACUGGCGUUUCCGGCACCAACCUCCAGAGAGCGUCCCUGCGUCCCACUUCGGAAACAGUUGCGCCGACUUUACGGAAGCUGUCCUCGGGCACUCGGGCUUUCCACCGCCACCUACCGGUAAACCCUGAGCCCCACUCGGAAAUUGGGUCGAGGCCCGCUAUCACACGGGUUCCUCGGAGAGAACCCGGCGCCAGCCUCCUCCAGCCAAAUGUGGUGGAGUCUUUGCUCGCCUCAAAGCAGGUUACUCCGGCUUUGCAGGACCUUACCUCGGGCACUCGUUUCCUGAGGCCCAAUUUGCCACCCGCACUGAGCCUCCCUAAGCACCAUGUAGGGGGGGCACAAGCGAGCCCCGCCACCAACGAGCCAUUCCGGCCUCUGGGCCGGAAAACCUCGCGGGAGCUUUCUCCGAGCUUUGCUCGAGCUUGCGCUCUUCCGUCCCCCGAUUCGGGCUCGGCGAGGGCCGGCAGGCAGCCGUGUCCCGUCCCCACUGCCGUUGUGGCAUCACGCCCGCUGGGUGCCACCCCUGCGGCCACUCGAGCCUCUGGAUCGAACCUUCUUCAGCCGAGUGAUGAGCGACCAGCUCACUCCCUUGCACCUACCGCACGCCAUGUCACCGAGCCCCCCUCGGCGUUACUGCAGAAGCCCAGCGCCAAUGUCGCCGCUCAGGAUGACUUUGACGACUGGGACUUGGACCUUGCAGACUUGGAGGCGUGUGAACGUUUAGCGGUACCCUCUGCCCCCCUCCAAGCCCUAGGUGGAGGGACCCUUAGAGCGCCAACCUCCACAGCCACCUCGCUAGCCCCAAACACUCUUUCCAGGAGUCACUGCAAGCCUCAGCGAGCGGCGCGGAGCACCCCAGGGCCCUCGGGUCGGCCUCGAGGCCUCUUUGAGACGGCCGCGCUCGUAGCCUCCCCCUCUUCAUCUCCGGCCUUCAGUCCGCACCCCCUCAGCACACCGUUGCUGACAAACCACCUGGUGCAGCUGGUGUCUGCGUCCAACAAGGUGUCCCGCAAGAGGCCUCGCUCGGAGCCUCGGCCGCCCAAGACUCGGCGCUUCCCGGGCCCGGCGGGGCUCCUCCCGGAGGAGCCACCCAGUCACAGUCUGGAUGAGAUUGUGGUGUCCGUUCCCCAGAUUCCCGCCUCCGGUGUGGCGGCUCGUCUUCCACACCAGGUUUCCUGCUCCCAAAGCGAGGAAGAGGAUUUUGGCGGCCCCUGGGCAGCGAUGAAGGCCGAGAUGGGACUGGACGAUCGCAACCCGGCGUGCUUCCUGUGCUCCUUCAGCGUGGUUAUGGUCCUCCGCAAGGCGGCUUUGAAGCAGCUGAACAAAAACAAAGUGCCAAACAUGGCCGUGAUGCUCAAGAGUAUCAACCACACGCAUGCCGACGCUAAGGCCGUGUUCAGGGAUCCUACAGGCACGUGCGGAUGCACAACACACACACACACACACACACACACACACACACUUUACUAUUCCUGCACAGCAAUGGACAGAGGCAUCUUGUUGACUAAAGGUGAGAUCCGGGGCACGGUGCAUCGGCGCCUCCUGGAGGAGCGCUUGGGGGAACUGAAGGUUGGCGCCGUGCUUCUUCUCAAACAAGUGGGCGUCUUCUCCCCCUCCCAUUGCAACCACUACCUCAACGUGACGCCUAACAACCUUCUCAGGAUCUAUUCACCAGAUGGAGGCUGCCACAAGGGGCAGCUGCCACCGUCGGUUCUGGAGCCCUCGCCCGCCGUCGAGCCCGUAAGCUGCACGCCGCUGGUGUUUGACGGUGACAACGCCGGUGCCGACGAUGGGAGCAAAUGCAAAGAUGGAAGCCCGCAAGCUUCAGGGUGGGACGCAGACGACCUCGACGAGCUGUUGGUGGCGCUCUCCGAGGACACCUACAGUCUUUGAGUUUGACAACGGAGCCCGAUGUCAUUGUAAAAAUGUUCACAUUUUGUUGUUGUUUAAAAGUCCCCCAAGUGGCUUUCUCUGUUGAUAUUAGCAAAGAAAAAUCUAUUGCAACAUUCUUUUCUCACAUUGAUUGAUACAGGCCAAUGGCUCAGUUGGCACGGUGAUUGAUGAUAAAUGGGUUGGAAGAUUAAAGAUGGGUUGGAAAUUAGUUUGAAUUUGUGGAAGGAAAAAAAGUCAAUUGUAUCCUCUGAUAAUAUAAUUCAAUUCAUCAUAAUAUGCCUUGAAACUUUCACAGCCUUUCCUGCUACAUAUGCAAAUGGAACGCGUAAUAUGAUGCCUGAUGAUGCUUCCUUCAUAUUCCAUUAAAAAUGCACUCAGCAAUUGUAA